AUGGGUUGCAGCAGCGGCAUUGGCCUCGCGACGACCCUCCUCUUCCUAUCACAGAAAGCCCAAGUCUUCGGCAUCGAUAUGUCGCCGUUCGACCAAGACCUUGAUGUCACCCAGAAAGCGUUAUUCACCUUCCACAAAACCGACCUUUGCAAACCCGGCUCAGCAGAAGAUGCCAUAGCUGCUUGCAUCACAAAGUACGGAUCGAAGAUCGACGUGCUGGCUAAUGUUGCAGGCAUCAUGGAUGGUUUUGGCAGCGCCGAUACAGUCAAGGACUCUGAGUGGGAGCGCGUCCUUACCAUCAACCUCACAGUACCGGUCAGAAUGAUGGCGGCUGUGUUGCCCAGUAUGAAAAACCAGAAAAGCGGUGCCAUCAUCAAUGUUGGUAGUUAUGCAAGUCUUUCCGGUGCAGUGGCAGGCAUCGCAUACACAGCCAGUAAGCAUGGGCUUGUCGGUGCGACCAAGAACGUCGCAUGGCGCUUUCGCAAAGACGGUAUUAGGUGUAAUGCCGUACUCCCAGGCGGUGAGGACCUCGUCUAG